AUGAACCUGGCUGCGGCGGCCCAGCGGGGCCUGGGACGGCCGAUGGCGGCCCGCAGCACAUCAGCAGCAGCAGCAGCCUCGCCACAGCAACCCGCCCGGGUGCUGGUGUCGGCGUGCAGGCCUGCCAGCGCGGUGCAGGCGCCUAGGCUUGCCUCCGUCAGCCACAUCACAGGCAGCAGCAGCCUGCUGGCCGGCGGCAGCGGGCAGCGGCAGCAGCGGCGCGGCACGCGGCGGCAGCAGCUAGGCGUGGCGGCGCGAGCGCGCGACCCCGACGCCCUCGAGGACUCUGAGGACCCCGAGGCAGCCAACAAGGACCCGCCCUCCCUCUUCUGGCGCUGCUUCUCGGCCAUGUGCUACCUGGUGCCCUGGAUUGACAGCAUCUCCCUGGGAGGAGCCAUGUAUGGCAAGUUCCGCAACCUCCUCUACAUCUACUUCGCCCCCGGCCCGCUGGCGCUCAUCUACUUUGGCUCCCAGUUUGCGCCGCUCAUCAUCUUCUUUGUUAUGUUCCUGUCAAUCGUCAAGAACAACAAGCUGCACCACUUUGCCAUCAUGCUGGACAUCGUGGUCAUGCUGUUUCACAUCCUCCGCGCCUACCUGCCCUCGGAGCUCAAGUGGUCCGUCAUCGGCCAGUACUUUGACAUGUUUGGCUGGACCUGCUGCAUGGGCACCGUGCUGUACGCCGUCUUCUGGACCGUGCGGGGAUACUACUGUGACAUACCCUUUGUCUCGGAGUCGGUCUACCACCAGGUGCAACUGUCGGAGUAUGCAUGA